GUAUGUUGGUAUCACCGCCAAUACGGUGGAAGAGCUAGACGUUGUCGGGCUCCCUGCAUUAGGCACGACCCAGGGAAAACGAUUAGCCCGCAUACUAGCACUACUAACGUAUCAUUCAAUAACCAAGCAAACCGACUGUUUUACGUUAAGGAUCGACGUUCUUCAAUCACGUUCCUCAUCGACACAGGAGCGGAAGUCAGCGUCAUCCCAGCGACCGCUAGCGACAAGCACUCGAAGCCUACGUACAAUUUGCGUGCGGCCAACGGUUCUCCGAUAGCUUCAUUCGGUCAGCGCAUGAUGAACCUAGACCUCAAUCUUCGCCGAGAUUUUCAGUGGGUCUUCAUGGUUGCGUCUGUACCCUUCGCAAUUAUCGGCAUAGACUUCCUCCGACAUUUUGGGUUGCUUGUUGAUGCUGGUCGCCACAGACUUUUAGACGACCGUACGAAACUAGGUGUUGAUGGUGUCCUUUCAGAUGCCCCGGUAAUCAGCCCCGUAUUUCGGAUCGCAGACGCACCGUCCGACUACUUGAGCCUCCUCUCCGAAUACCCGCGACUGGUUCGACCGGCUGCAGAGCUUCCACCAGUCACGACAGAGGUCGCUCACCACAUAGUUACGCGCGGUCAACCAG